GGCGUCUUAAUGUCGGAAGAUAUAGCUGUCACAAAAUUCCGUGAAUAUCUGCGAAUAAACACUGCUCAUCCCAAACCCGACUAUGCUGCCUGCGAGAAGUUCCUUUUUAGUCUUGCUGAUGAGCUUGGAAUUAAAAGGAAGUCUGUAGAGGCGGUUCCAGGGAAACCGUUCGUGAUAAUGACGAUCCCUGGUGCUCAUCCAGAACUGGCAUCUGUUGUAUUGUACUCUCACACUGAUGUUGUGCCUGCUUCCAAGGAUCAAUGGAAACAUGAUCCGUAUUCUGCACACAAGGACGAGCAUGGAAACAUCUUUGCAAGAGGUACUCAAGACAUGAAGUCUGUUGGUAUACAAUAUUUCGAGGCCAUCAGAAGACACUUCAAACGAGGAAAAAAGCAAUGGCUGAGAACAGUGCACAUAGUCUGGGCGCCAGAUGAAGAAAUCGGUGCUGCAGAUGGGAUGCAAAAGUUUGUGACAAUGCCAGAGUUCAAAGAGCUAAAUCUAGGCUUUAUGUUGGACGAAGGUUUGGCGAAUGAGGGAUCUGCCUACAAGAUAUACUACGCAGAAAGAAAUCCGUGGUGGCUAGAAAUUACCUGCGAAGGGACUCCCGGGCAUGGUUCAAAAUUCAUUGCAAACACUGCCGCGGAGAAGUUGCAAUCCAUCAUCAACAGUGCGUUGACCUUUCGAGAAGAGCAACGCUUAUUGCUUGAAAAGAGCGCAACCAAACGCCUUGGCGAAGUCAUCUCAGUAAAUCUUACGAAAGUAGAAGGAGGUGUGCUCGUGAAUAUUGUGCCAGAGAAGUUCACUUUACUACUUGACAUUCGUUUACCACCAACUGCGAAUUUCAAAGAAAUGGAUGAACGCAUUGUUCAGUGGUGCCAAAAAGCUGGCAGUGGAGUCACUUGCAGAUAUCUCAUUAAAAAUGAAUUUCUCAAUUUGACAACAACGGAAGACAGUGAUCCGUUCUGGGCCGCGUUCAAAAAGUCCAUGGCAGAAGAGAAGUGCGAGUUUGAGAAGGACAUCUUCCCGGGAUCAACUGACUCACGAUUUGUUCGUAAGCAUGGUUAUCGCGCCAUUGGAUUCUCGCCAAUGAACAAUACUCCGUCACUUCUGCACGACCACGAUGAAUACCUGAAUGAAAAUGUCUUUUUACGAGGAGUGAAAGUCUACGAAACACUGAUAGAUAAUUUAGCCAGCGUUAGGGAAUGAUCUUUUUUUUGUUUGCUGUUUUUAUUUUUCUUUUUCUGUGAUUGGUUUUGGUUUUACCGCU